AUGGAGUCUUAUCUCCAAGCUAUCAAGGUCAUAACUGAUAACCUUGCGGCUGCCGGGAAGAAAGUUACAGACGAAGAUCUUAUUCUCUACGUACUUGGCGGCCUUGGACCCGAAUAUGAAUCUCUUCUAGUCACAGUUACUACACGUCCAUAUUCUAUUACUGUCGACGAACUUUCUAGAUUACUUUUUACACAUGAAAUCAGACUUGAGUUUCUCUAUGCCAACUCGCCAACUGCUAAUGUUGUAUAUAGUUAUCACGGAACUUCAACGACUACGACUCAUACAGAUAAAUAUGUAUUUUCUCCCUCUUUUGGAUCUGCUACUCGUCCAUCGACACUAGGAUAUUCUGUAAGAACUUAUCGAUGUAGAUUCAACCAGAAUUUUUGUUCAUCUUCCUCAUCGACAACUAUGAUAGCAACUCCAUCUAUUGUAUCUGACUUAGCUUGGUACUCUGAUUCUAGAGCAACUGAUCAUUUGACUGCUAACUUGGACAAUCUCUCCAUUCAUUCUCCUUACAAUGAUGAGCAACAAAUUCUAGUUGGGAAUUGA